AUGGCGGAAUUUUCUUUGGACGAUUUCGUUGAUUCUCCCAGUGUUGAGAAGUUGCUGGUUCUGAAGAAGGUUCAUCUCUUGGAGAUUGCUCAUCAUUACCAGGUUGCUGAGGUAAGGACUACUUGGCGUAAAUUAGAAAUUCUAAAAGCUGUAAUUCAGUGGUUAGUGAAAGAAGAAGACGUUCUGCCACUUGAAGCUUUAUCUAAGGUUCCGAUUGAGUCUGUAAAUGUGGACUUGACAGAGCAAUUACGUUUAAAGGAGUUGGAAUUAGAGAUAGCGAAAGUUGAACUUGAACGAGAACAAGUAGUUUUGAGAAGGGAGCAUGAGAAUGCUAGAGAAAGAGAAGAAAUUAGGCAAGUAAAGUCUGAUUUUGAUGUUGCGAAACAUGUUCGAAUGGUUCCCGUUUUUCAGGAGGGGGAGGAGAUAGAGAAAUAUUUCCUUCACUUUGAAAAGGUAGCUGUUAGUUUGAGUUGGCCACAAGAAAAAUGGUCACACUUGUUACAAUCUCAGUUGAAGGGUAAAGCUCGAGAUGCUUAUUCAGCUUUGUCAGUUGAUGAUGCGGGUCGUUAUGACGUUGUUAAAGCAGCAGUGUUGCGUGCUUAUGAGCUUGUACCGGAGGCGUACCGUCAACAAUUUCGGAAAACACGCAAAGAUGAGACCGAAACUCAUCUUGAGUUUGCUAGGCGCAAACAACAGUUGUUUGAUAGAUGGAGUUCGUCACUCCAUGCAGAUAGCUUUGAUAAGCUUAGAGAAAUAAUUCUUCUCGAAGAGUUUAAGCGUAGUGUGCAUUUCGAUGUUAGGUUGCAUCUUGAAGAGCAGCAAAUAGGAACGCUUAAUGAAGCAGCGAAGCUUGCAGAUGAUUAUGCGCUAACGCACAAAAUCACAAACAAAAAAUCAGAUGAGACAAACAAAUCUGGAAAGUGGAAAAACAAAAACAAAAAUGGUGCUUCAGCACACAACAAGAAAGAAGUAAAAUCACAAUCUAAAGAUGACGAGCAAGAAAAGAAAUGCUAUGCAUGUCACAAGGUUGGUCAUUUUAAAGCAAAGUGUCCUACACUUAAAGGAAAAACAAGUGAAUCAAGUAAUGCACAUCCAAAUGCAUUUGUGAAAAAUUUGCAAAGUUCAGAGAGUAGGAUUGAGCCAGUUAACUUAGAGAAAUUGAAAAAGCAAUAUGAACCGUUUGUUUCUGUAGGAUAUGUUUCCCUAGCUGGUAGUGUCGAAGCAAGAAAAGUGAAAGUGUUGCGUGAUACUGGUUCUUCUCAGUCUUUGAUCUUGGAGAGUGUGUUGCCUUUUGGUGAGAAAUCUUGUGUUGGAGCUAGUGUUUUGCUCCAAGGAAUAGGAGAUGGCUUUGUAAAAGCACCCCUUCAUGUGGUAGACUUGAAAUCAGACCUUGUUUCUGGUAGUGUGAAAAUAGCUGUGAGACCAUCACUUCCGAUGGCAGAUGUUUCCAUCAUUUUAGGGAAUGAUCUUGCUGGUGAUAAAGUUGUGCCAUGUCCAGUUGUGAGUGCUAUUCCGUGUGAGAGUAGUAAAACAGAGCAGUUGGUUGCAGAAUUUCCUACUGUGUUUCCGUCUUGUGCUGUAACUCGUUCGAUGGCAAAGAAAGUAGAAUCUGAAUCGAAGUCUAGUGAGAUAGAUGAGGUUAACUUGGGAGAUUCUUUCUUUUGUCGUUUGAUUGAUGAUGAAUGUGAAUCAAAUGUGAAUGAGGGUGCAGGAGAAACUCAAAGUACAGAAGAGAAAAGUAAAUGUGAACCAAUGCCGAUAAGUAAGAGUAAGUUGUUGGAGGAACAACAAAAAGAUCCUCAGUUAGUAUCCAUGUUUGAGAGAGCGAUCUCUGAGGAGGAGGCAUUGACCGUGCCUGUUUGUUAUUAUACGAAGUCAGGUGUUUUGAUGAGAAAGUGGAGGCCGAUAGAUGUUCCUGCUGAUGAAGUUUGGAAAGAGGUUCACCAGAUUGUAGUUCCUUCUACUUAUAGGCCGGAAAUACUUAGUCUUGCUCAUGAAGCACCACUUGCAGGUCACUUGGGAGUCUAUAAGACUCGGGAGAAAAUCCUUUCUCAUUUCUUUUGGCCGGGUUUACAAAAGGAUGUUGCAAACUAUUGCAGAAGUUGUCAUGUAUGUCAGGUAGUAGGUAAACCGAAUCAGAAAAUACCAGUCGCGCCAUUAAAACCAGUGCCAGCGUUCGAUGAACCGUUUGCAAGAAUUAUCAUAGAUUGCGUAGGUCCGCUUCCGAGGACAAAAGCGGGUAAUGAAUUCCUGUUUACCAUUAUGUGCGCAAGUACCAGGUAUGUCGAAGCGAUUCCACUUAGACGUAUCACCGCAAACAAUGUGAGCAAGGCGCUGAUCAAGUUUUUCACGACUGUAGGAUUACCGCGUACCGUUCAGUCUGAUCAAGGAUCAAACUUUAUGUCGAAAGUCUUUAAGCAAGUGCUAGGGCAGUUAGGGAUUGAACAUGUAGUUUCUAGUGCAUACCAUCCUGAAUCGCAAGGAGCACUUGAGAGAUGUCAUCAGACACUUAAGAACAUGCUCAAAUCAUAUUGUUUGGAGACAGAGAAACAAUGGGAUGAGGGAAUUCCAUUGUUGCUAUUUGCUUUGAGAGAAUCUGUUCAAGAAUCUAUUGGUUUCAGCCCAUUUCAGCUCGUGUAUGGACAUGAAGUCCGUGGACCCCUCAGGUUGUUGAGUGAAAGGUUGUUGUCAGAUGAGGAAGAUGUGAAUAUGUUGGACUAUGUAUCGUCUUUCCGUGAGAGAUUGCAUCGUGCUUGUGAAGUUGCUAGGAAGAAUUUGUCUGAUUCUCAGGAGAAAAUGAAGUCUUGGUAUGACAAGAAGUCCAUGGAAAGGAAUUUCAAGGCAGGUGAUGAAGUUUUGGUUUUGUUACCAGUAGUUGGUAAUGCUUUGCAGGCUAGAUUUUCUGGACCGUAUACCAUUAUGAAGAAAGUUGGUGAUGUUGACUAUGUCGUCAAAACUCCAGAUAGAAGAAAGAAAAAGCGUGUAUGUCAUGUGAAUAUGAUAAAAGCUUAUGUUCGAAGAGAUGAUGAAAAGAGAGCACAACCAGUGUUGAGUGCUGUAGAAUCUGAGCUGAAUGAUGAAAGUGAAGAGAUGUGUAACAUUGAGAGAAAUGAACCAUGUGUGAAAUUGAAAAAUUCAGAAGUUCUAACACACAUCAAUAACAAACUAACCCACUUGUCUGAGAAGGAGAGGAGGGAUGUGAAAGAGCUGUUGAAUGAGUAUCCGCAGUUAUUUGCAGAUAUCCCAUCUCGUACUGAUGUUGUUGAACAUGAUGUUGAUGUGGGAGAUACCGCCCCAAUCAAGCAGGCACCUUAUCGUGUUAACCCAGUAAAGAUGAAGAAUCUUGAAAAAGAAAUAGAGUACAUGCUGCAGAAUGGCAUCAUUGAGCCAAGUAGCAGCGCAUGGUCGUCACCAUGCAUCUUAGUUCCGAAACCGGAUAAGUCGUAUCGUUUCUGUACCGACUACAGAAAAGUCAAUUCGAGUACAAAGACCGAUUCUUUCCCGAUACCGCGCGUAGAUGAUUGUAUUGACCGCAUAGGCAAGGCGAAGUAUGUGAGCAAAUUCGAUCUGCUUAAAGGCUAUUGGCAGAUUCCGUUGACUAAGAGAGCGCAAGAAAUAUCUGCAUUUGCUACACCCCAAGGCCUAUUCCAUUACACUGUGAUGCCAUUCGGUAUGAAAAAUGCGCCGGCUACAUUCCAAAGACUUGUGAAUAGUCUUGUCUCUGGUCUUGAAGGCUGUGAAGCUUACAUAGAUGACUUGAUUGUGUAUAGUGAAGAUUGGAAAGUUCAUGUACAAAGAAUCAGAGAUUUGUUCAGGAGAUUGUCUGAUGCCAAAUUGACAGUCAACUUGGCAAAGAGUGAGUUUGGAGGUGCUACUGUUAAUUUCUUGGGUCACGUUGUUGGUUCAGGUCAUGUUCGACCACUCUCAGCGAAAGUAGAAGCUAUUCUGGCGUUCCCGACUCCAACCAACCGGAAGGAACUGAUGAGGUUUCUUGGCAUGGCAGGCUACUACAGACGAUUCUGCCAUAACUUCUCUGAUGUCGUCGCCCCGCUGACCAAUCUACUACGGAAGGAGGUGAAGUUCAUCUGGUCCAGUGACUGUCAGAGUGCUUUUGACAAAGUGAAAGCACUCCUAUCUACCAAUCCUGUACUGGUGGCUCCAGAUUUUAGUCAGCCAUUCUCUCUGAUGGUUGACGCUAGUGAUGUGGGUGCCGGAGCUGUUCUUACGCAGAAAGAUGAACAGGGAACAGACAGGCCCAUAUCGUUCUUCUCGAGGAAGUUUUCGAGCAGUCAGAGAAAUUAUUCCACUGUGGAGAAGGAAACUUUGGCGUUAAUCUUUGCACUGCAACACUUUGAAGUGUAUGUGAGUGGAUCUCAACAUGCAUUGGACAUAUGGACAGAUCAUAAUCCUUUGACGUUUCUAAGUAAGAUGAAAAACAAAAAUCAAAGACUUACAAGGUGGAGUCUACUGCUCCAAGAGUACAACUUGAACAUUAGACAUCUACCGGGAAAAGACAACAUUAUUGCAGACACAUUGUCGCGAGUGUAA